CAAAGGUGUAUUGCACUGCUGUAUAAUUAAGGAACUGAGUAAACAGUGGUGCCGGUUCUGCACGGCAUAUAGCCUACACAGUAGCCGGAAAGCUGGAUCUGUGGACAGUGGCCAUCGCACAGCGUGUUAAGAGCUGAUCUGUUCGAUGUUGUUGUAUACCUUGCUGACAAAAAUACUGGGACAAACUCUCAAGACAAAAACUGAAGAAACGGACAGUUUCUCUUACUCGUGAUGAAUGACAUGAAGUCUACUGAUCGUUUUUGCUUUUCACUUGGUCACCGUGGAUUUUGCAGUGAAUAAUCCUGACUACAGAAAAGUAACUAGUGUGCGGACCAGUACAUGUACAUGCAGAGUCAAGUGUGAACGUUCUCAAGUCUAAUCGGACACCGGUUUAGGAACAGUGCAGGAAUACCCCCGCGACAUUAUGAUCAGCAAAAUUCUCCUUGUUCUGUUGAUGGCCACGAGCUUCAACGUCACGAUGCCUGCAAGUAUCUUACCCGAGUCCUCUUCUGUCACCGUCCGUAGAGGUGACCGGUUGCAACUGUCGUGUAACAUACGCAUCUCGGCUUCGGAAACUAUACUUGAGAGCUCAUGGAUUCGCGAUGAGGAUUCCCGGUUUCCAUACGACACGGUAAAUGUUUCCACCUGUCGGCCUGGAAUCAAAAAUGAUGGCAGGGAUGUCCCAUGUGCUACAAGUAAGACAUUGGACAAUCGUGGAAGAGUGAAAUACGUAUAUCAGACGAACGAAACAGCAACAACGACACUGAUAAUUGAUGAAAGCACGUUAGAGGACAACACGACUUUUCGUUGUGUUGUUGACAGGCAACAAGGUGGCAAGCAGCAGUCCGAGCAGAUAUCUGUGACCGUUUACUACCUCCCCAACGCAACCACUCCCACCUGCACAUCUUCUAACUUAUCUGGCGUCUCGAUAAUACCGUCUAGUUUAACGUGUUCAGCUGGAGAAUCUCAACCAAGUGUGUCUCUGGAGUGGACAGCUUUCAACGAAGACUCGAAGAGAGUUUCUUUGUCAAAUUUCACAGAGAUGAUUCGGGAUCGAGUGGAGAACACGUUGGAUCUAACAAUGCUUGAGAUACCCUUUAACAAACUGGUAUUUACCUGUUUUAUGACGAGUCGGGCUUAUCCUGAAUUCAUCAGUAAUUGUUCCAUUGGACCAUUCUUCAUUCCAACGACUGAAGCCACGACAGUAUCUCGAACUCCCUCAACGGGGACAGAUCACCCUGUCUCCCCGCUAAGCCCCAUCACAGACAUCACGUCAAGAGCAUCCGGCACCCUUCCAACGGUUACAGAUGAGCCCGUCUCCCGGCUAAGUCCAAUCGCAGUCAUCGCAUCAACAGCAGGAGCUGGGGCCGCCUUAUUCAUCAUCAUCAUCAUCAUUGUAUGCGUGGUCUCAUCAAGGAAAACCAAGAAACGGCGUGAAGUCGCCGUCAGGUUCCAAGCCUCCGCUUCAGGCCGGCAGCAAACUGAUUUUGUCCGCCUAGCAACCACAACAGCCAUCUACGAGAACCAAGGAAGUGUCUCUCUGCCCGUACACCAGAGAAUGAAUUACAACAGAGUACCACUAAAAGACGACACCCCAAGCGACCAGUCGGAAUUACCAGCCGACGUGUAUGCCUACGCGUCGGUGACAACGGCCCACCGACAGCCGACCUCACCGCCGCAUUACUAUGAGCUGGACCCGGACGCGCCAACAGAGAAGACAAGCGACGGCUACGCGUACGCCAGUGUCGAGAAGGUGGCAGGACAAGACGGACAGGACUGGACUGAGGACGCGGCAUCGGACUCGAGUUGGGAAGACGAUGAUUCACAUGAUCAAGAACCGCGGAGACUCAAAGUCCACGACACCGGUGCUACUUACAGCGAAAUAGAACAGACGAACGACGGAGGUGCGGGCGACAACGACAACAGUCACACAAUAUUCGUGGACAAUAUCUUAUACGUCCCGUCUACCAAUGACGUCAUCCGUCAGUCAAAGUUCAAAGGGCAGCCGGUGGCUUGACCUAUUUUUUAAUGGUCAUGUGGUACAGUUUUAUUGCAUCGGGAAUGGACUUUUUUGUACGAGUAUCGAUGAAAACGGCUAUGAAUAUUUCAAUAUCGCACCAAA